AUGUCUUCGAAAUUAAAAACUACACUAAGUAAUGCUCAAAAACGUGAAUUUUGUCUUUAUGCUUAUGAAAAUAAGAUGACUCGUACAAAGUAUAUAGAUUGGAUUGAACAAAAACUUACUAGUGAAAUUAUUAAUCCAGACAAAAAAAGAAAUAGAUCCGUUACUGUUCCAGAACUCGAAUUGGCUCUUAAAGAAUUUGUGUUAACCUAUCAACACAAAACAGUUUUAAGUGAUUUAAUGCUAAUUGAAAAAGCAAAGCUACUUGUUAGUAGAUUAGGAGUUCCUGAUAGUACAUUAAAUUUUUCUUCAGGUUGGCUUCAUAAGUUCAAAGAACGUAAUGGAAUUGGCCGUGAAAAAUUGCAUGAUGAGGUUGGAUCAGUUGAUAAUGAUGCAAUUAUUAGAGAACUUCUAUUAUUACGAAAUAAGUGUACUAAUUAUCCUUUUGAGCAAAUAUACAACAUGGAUGAAACUGCUCUUUUUUAUCAAUUAGAACCUGACCAUUCAUUAGCUACUCAACGUCUUUCUGGACGUAAAAAAGAUAAAGAAUGUAUUACUAUUGCUCUAUAUGCAAAUGCUAAUGGAUCACAUAAGUUAAAGCCUUUGAUUAUUAGAAGAUGGAUGUUAAAACAAGUUAAAGAUGGUAAACAUGCUCAAGAUUUAAAAAUGGACAUUUUACAGGGAAUUAGAUAUGUUAUUCAAGAUGAAGUUAUGCCCCAAACAAUUCAAAAUUGCUGGCACCAUACACGCAUUCUUCCAAUUGAUGAACUUGACGAACUUGAUGAACCAUUGCUUGAUGAGCUACUGACUGAAACACCAUUGCUUGAAGAGCUUUCUAGAAAUCUCAGAGAUCUUAAUUUUUCUGAUGCAAUGCAUAUUGAAGAAUACUUAGCUAUUCCUGAUGAAAAUAUUGUGUAUGAAGUUCCCAAUAAGGAUCAAAUUAUUAUAAACCUUGUUGAAAUAUUUAAAAGAACUGAUGAUGAGAAUAAUGAAAAUCAAGAAGCAGCAGAUAGCAGUAUUGAAAAAGAAAUUAUAAGCCCAAAUGCUGCCUUAAAAAGCUUGGAAAAUAUCCAUACUUACUUACUUCAACAAGAAGGCGCAAGUGAACAUAUUAAGUUAGUUGGCACUAUUGAAAAGUUUAUUAAAAUAAAAAAAAAGGACUUAAUGAAACAAUCAACUAUAGAUCAAUAUUUUAAUCAAGAAAGGUUACCGAUGAAUGAUAAUAAAGACUUUUACUAUGAUGAUGAUCUUGAUUUAAGUAAGUAG